GUAAACUCCAGCUCCUCUCCCCGCUCGGCUCCCACUGCGAUUCCGCCCAAACCGCCAAAGGCUCUGCACUUUCUGCCCCCCUCCUCCUCCGAGAUCCCAUCCAUGGCGGCGGCCUCGGCGUCCCGCCUCCGGAUCUAAACCCCCCCACACAGCCAUUGCGGGGUCUGUGACCGGCGCCCCGACAGCUGCACGGGUCGCCGCAGCCGACCCGUGUCGUUGCCUUGCAAGAUUUGCUUUGCCGCUGCGUGUCCUGGGUAGGUGGUGGGCAGUGGGUUUACUUCUCCCUGGUCCGUUCAUGCUUCCUUGAAAUGGGUGUCUGACGCGAGGGGGGCUCGGCGCUACGGACUGCCUGCCGCCGCCAUGUGGAAGCAGUUCCUUGGUAAGCUCUCGGGGAAGUCGCCGAAAUCCGGUGGAGGCGGGGGCUGGGGAUCUCCGCCGCCCAAGUUCCCAACGUCGUAUGACGUGAAUGGGAGGCAGUGGGACUCGAUGCGGGCGUCUCCUCCGCUCGCGGCUAUCGCCGGAGCGGAGGGGGAGACAAGGGAGGACGUGUUCCUCCGGAAGCUGAACGUCUGCUGCGUGUUGUUCGACUUCUCCAACGACCGGGGCCGGGACUCUCCGGAGAGGGAGAGAAAGCGGCAGGUGCUCAUGUCUCUCGUCGACUGCCUCGGCACGGCGGAGGAGCCCCUCACGGAGGCGAUGGUCUCGGCCUGCGUGCGUAUGUUCGCCAUCAACCUGUUCAGGGUCUUCCCGCCCAAGGUCCGGCCAGGCACCGGGGCAGCUGCCGAGGCUGACGAGGACGAUCCGUUCUUUGACCCCUCAUGGUACCACUUACAGGUCGUAUACGAGCUGCUCCUCCGGUUCGUCACCUCUCCGGUCAUUGAUGUGAAGGUGGCUCGCAAGUACAUGGACAAUUCGUUCAUCUCUAGGCUGCUUGAUUUGUUAGAUUCUGAUGAUCCUAGAGAAAGGGAUUGCUUGAAGACAGUAUUGCAUAGGAUAUACGGAAAAUUCAUGGGUAAUCGGCCCUUCAUCCGCAAGGCUGUGAGCAAUAUCUUCUAUAGGUUUGUAUCCGACGCUGAUCGUCACAAUGGGAUUGCUGAACUCUUGGAGGUGUUCGGGAGUGUGAUUAGUGGGUUUGCGAAACCACUGAAGGAGGAGCAUAAGUUAUUUCUGUGGAAGGCAUUGAUUCCUCUUCAUAAACCGAAGACAGUGGGCAUGUAUCUGCCGCAGUUGACAUACUGCAUUACACAGUUUAUUGACAAGGAACCAAAGCUCUCAGGGACUGUGAUCAGAGGCCUGUUGAAGUACUGGCCAGUGACGAACAGUCAGAAAGAGAUGAUGUUCUUGGGGGAGUUGGAGGAGGUGCUGGAAUUGACAGAAAUGCCCGAGUUCCAGAAGUGCAUGGUCCCAUUGUUUCGGAGGGUUGCACACUGCUUGAAUAGCUCUCAUUUUCAGGUUGCUGAAAGAGCCUUAUUCCUGUGGAACAAUGAGCACUUGUUCGGUUUGAUCUCUCAAAACCACCAAGUUAUCUUGCCAAUCAUAUAUCCAGCUCUCGAAAGGAAUGCUCGUUUGCAUUGGAACCAAUCGGUUCUGAAUGUUACAAUGAAUGUCAGGAAAAUGUUCUUCGACAUGGAUCAGAAGCUGCUGUUGGCUUGUGAGAAAAAUUUCCAAGAGGAGGAAGAGAAGCAAGCCGCAUCUGAGGAGCGGAGAAGGCUUAUAUGGGAGCACCUUGAGAGGAAUGCCGCAUUCCAUCCAGUAACCAGAGACAUCAGCUUUGCUGCUUUUCCUAAACCUGCUCCUCUGGUAGCUCCCACUAUGACAUAAUAUAUAUGUGUUCAAAUGUACUUCAUUCCACUCCAUUUAUAGCACUAUGGGUGCUGUGCAGGGCAUUUUGUCAACUUUGUCCCCCCCCCCCCCCCCCUGUUUCAAAGUCUGUAAUUAAUAGUUUCUUAUUUGAGGACGAACCUUGAUGGACAUUUCUUUCUUUGACAAGAUAAUGCCCAAUUCUAGUUGAUUGUUCUGUGAAACAACUUUGGAUAUGGGAGGUCGCGAUUUUUUACUACAGCUGGUGUCAUGUGGAUGCCAGUGUAUUUCGAAUUUUCCAGAUUCUGAUGAAUCUGUUCACCAGAUUUGAUGGACGAGCAAACAACGAGAUACUUGUGUAGAGAUAUACAUCGAGAUGGACAACCCUCCGAGUACGCAGGACAUGUCCUACUAUGAUCAUGUUCAGAAGCGCCAUGAGGAGAAAGGCUGCUUAUAUGCAUGCCUGUUUACACUGUGCUGUUGCUUCUGCUGCUACGAGACCUGCGAGUGCUGCAUGGAGUCCUUGUGCUGCUGCGGCUAAAUUUAGCUGCACAUUUCUGCUGUUGCAUGGAGAUCUGGCAGGCUGGGCUGUACUGUGGAAAACCCAUAUCGUUUUGCCUUGGUGAGCUGGUGAAUAGGCAUAUGUGGUUGUUUGAAUAAAAACUGUAGUUACGUCUCUAUUGUCAUGUAUGUUGUUGGUCGCCAAAAAUAAGAUAGUAUGUUGUUGGUGUGUGUUUGCCUUUGA